AUGACCAGUAUAACUGUAAAUAGAAUUCAAAUAUAUGAUAGAGAGUUUAAUCUAAUUUUAAAACUUGCUCCAAAUUUAAAGGAUUUAGGUAUUCCUAAUUGUAGAAUAGUCGACUUAGAUGGUACAGGUCCAAUCCUAGGAGGUUCCUGGACUCCCUUAAGGUCUUAUCCCGACAACAGUAAUAUUGAUUGUUCAUUUAACAAGUACAAUUCAAAUGAAAUUUAUUCAGAGUAUAAUAUUGUACACCAUCUCAGUAAUUCUGUUCGCUUAAAUAGCCUUAGGUUAAAUCAUGGUACUAGAAUAUUAUAA